CAAAACCCCCUCUUCGUCCUCUUUGUAUUCCUUUGCUGAUUCUCCAGCAAAAGAAUCCAUGCGUUGGAGAAGAACCCUUGUCGAACUUGGCGCAUUUCAAGCGAAACCUGCGAUAGAAACAGCAAACGAAGCUGAAAUAACAGAAGAAGAGGCAGAAAAUUACGACGACGGUAUGGAUUUUUCUUAUGACGACCCGCCAUUAAUAUGCUGCUUCGGCGCUGUACAGAAGGAGUUCGUCCCCACAGUGCGGGUGCACGAAUACCCGAUGGACCCGGACAUCUACUCGGAGUGGAAAAUGCUGCAAUGGAAGCCGCCGGAGUUCGGGAGGGCUCCGGGAGGACCGGUGUCGAAUGUGGCGAUUGCCCAUGUCCGGCUCGGCGGGCGAGCGGCAUUCAUGGGAAAGGUUGGGGACGACAGUUAUGGGGAUGAGUUGGUUUUGAUGAUGAACAAGGAGAAGGUUCAGACGCGGGCUGUGAAAUUUGAUUCCAAUGUGAAGACUGGAUGUACGUACAUGAAGGUGAAGUUUGAGGAUGGGAAAAUGAAGAUGGAGACGACUAAAGAGUCGGCUGAGGAUUCACUUAGAAGCUCUGAACUGAACCUUUCUGUUCUCAAAGAGGCAAGGCUUUUCCAUUUCAAUUCAGAAGUUUUAACAUCCCCUUCAAUGCAAUCAACCCUCUUCAAAGCAAUUGCAUUGUCUAAGAAAUUUGGAGGCCUUGUGUUUUUCGAUCCGAACCUCGCUUUACCUCUGUGGAAAUCACCUGAUGAGACAAAAGAAUUGAUCAAUAAAGCAUGGAGUGAAGCUGACAUUAUUGAAGUCUCAAAGACUGAGCUAGAAUUCCUUCUUGAUGAAGAAUAUUACGAGAGAAAGAGAAAUUACAGACCUCAAUACUAUGCUGAGAACUACGAAGAAACCAAAAAACAUCAGCAAGAUUAUUAUCAUUACACUCCUGAGGAAAUCUCUCCUCUGUGGCAUGACAAACUUAAAAUCUUGUUUGUGACGGAUGGAACAUUUAGAAUUCAUUAUUAUACCCCUAGUUUUGAUGGGGUUGUGAUUGGAACUGAAGAUGUUCUAAUAACUCCAUACACAUGCGAUAGAACUGGUUCCGGCGAUGCAAUUGUGGCUGCUCUUAUACGAAAGCUGACCUCAUGCCCAGAAAUGUUUGAAAACCAAGACAUUUUGGAGAGACAACUUCGCUUUGCAGUUGCAGCUGGAAUAAUAGCACAAUGGACCAUUGGUGCGGUAAGAGGCUUUCCCACAGAAAGUGCUGCGCAGAAUCUUAAAGAACAAGUCUACGUGCCUUCAAUGUGGUGACAAAUAGAUGGUUUGUGUGCCUUGAUAUAUAGUUUAGAGCUUUGAUUCUGGGUAUUUCUUGGUUCAAAUGGUUUAUCCAGAUAUUCUCCAAAAGUUUUUUUGGUGAAUAGAUGUUCUCCAAGAGUUUUAGUACUUCGGCUGAAACCAGAGAAGGUGGGAGAACUCAACAGUCACAGACUGGGACUCUAGAUUGCAUAAACUGUUUGCUCUUGUGUUUGGCUCCAUUUGAUUCAUUCAAUGACUCUCAUAACAGUAAGUUUGAUGCCAAUUGAAAAUUUUGUAGGUGAGAAAUGGAUUGUACACUAAUAUUUGUAAUGCAAUUGUAGGUGUUAUCUCUUCACUCUCA